UUGUGUUUGCAUGAACUGAUCACGUGGGGCAUGUGUUAUCUUGUCGGGCAAAUCAUUCUUAUCCAGUUUACGAGGUUUACUUUCCUACAGAUCAGGAAUUAAGCUACUGUGACAAGAUGCUGACAACGGGGAUUUUGACGUGUCUACACCUUUUGGUAUUGCCUAUCGCCGAGUCACGCCUGGCAUGGACGCAUAAUGACUUUGAUCCUGGGUACUUCAGGAAUGGCAUGCAUAGUCCUUUCAACAGCGAAGAUGUCAACGGCUCAGCAAAAGUAGUCCCGGAUCCAGACGGAGGGUCCAACCUCGUCCUGAAAGUUUUUUACCAGAAGGGGAGGUACAGUCACCAUGGACCAAACAGCAAGGUGCAGUUCUUUGCCACUCCAACUAAACCACGUGACGCCAUGACCUUGAGCUAUGACAUACGAUUCGACUCAAACUUCGACUUCCGCAUCGGCGGCAAACUGCCCGGACUGUAUGGUGGUUUGACAAACUGUUCAGGUGGAAGACACUCUAUGAGCUGUUUCUCGACAAGGUUUAUGUGGCGAGAUAACGGGGAUGGUGAAGUCUACGGAUAUGUUCCUGACCGAUCACACCAACUCCCCGGCUUCUGUACGAGAAAUAUUUGUGAUCCAGUGAAGGGCGUUUCUUUUGGUAGAGGAUCUUGGCGGUUUCAACGUGGUGUGUGGCAAAAUAUAGCGCAAUCGAUUCAGCUGAACACUCCAGGGAACACGGAUGGAGAGAUUAAGGUGUGGCACGAUGGAAAGUUGGUGUACUCAAACCACAACGUGGCGUUACGGUCACAAAGUGAUGUCAACAUUGACGGUAUAUUCUUUUCCACCUUCUUUGGUGGUAGCAACGCCACCUGGGCCCCAACACGUGAUUGCUACACGUGGUUCAAGAAUUUUUCCAUCUCAUUUGACACCGAUCCUCAAAUUGUGGUUGGGUGAUUUGUUCCCUGCUGUCUUUAUUUCAGCAUUGUUAGAAUAUAAAUGCAGAACUCCGA